UCUUUUUUGACUUUUCCAAAGCGCAUGCCACUGUUGUUGUUGUUGCCGUUUUCCGUUUUACUUAUGUUAGCAACAUAAUCAAAUGAUAUUUAAUUUUUACGUUUAAUGUUAUGCCAAACUGUUUGGUGAAAUGGAUGCAGUUCGCCAAGACCUGGGUGACGAGCUAAUCAUGAAAUUGAAUGAUGAACAGAUAAACACUGUAGAAACGUUCCUUCUACUGACUCAGGACAUGGUUAUGCGUGAUCUCGGAUUAAAACUUGGCUCAUGGUUACGGAUAGACAGAGCUCAGCAGGCAUUGCGAAGUGAAGGUUGCUCGACGACUCCUCUGCAGGAUUCAACCAAUAAGAAACGACACACAAUGGAUGAGGACAUUCAAAUAAGUCCUUCAGAAAUCAAGGGUAUCCUUGAAUCGGAGCUAAGCUGCCAGAAAUUGUUGUACGGGAAGCUUGCAGAAGGGCGAGCGCUUCAGAAAAACGAGAAAAAUCUAAUCUGCCGUACAAUUUGUCCCAAAGUAUUCAACAGUGCGAUGAAAACUGGAAGAAAGAUCACUCUCAACGAGAAACAAAAGUUGGCGAAAGCCAUCGUUGAAGCUUUCGAUUGUCUGAAAUGCGAUACUCCGGGGAAACCAGUUGAAGCCGAAUUCUUUUGGAAAUGUAACGGCGAAGAUAAAGGAUCUCACACUGGAUUUAUUCAAAAUUGGAUCCGAAACUACAAAUCAAAAUCAAACCCAGCUAAGCGGAUUCGUCAGCAGAAAUUAAAGUUAUCUGAUGAAGAAGUUAAAGCUUGCGAGGAACUAUGCGCUACAGAGUUCACCCCAGAAUUAUAUCCACGUGUAAUGCAGCUACUGACAACAACUUUCCGGUACAGGCAAUCGAUAAGAGCCUCUGACAAAUCAAGUUCUGAAAUUUUGUCCGAAUUUCCAUGUUUAUUGGAUGAAGACGCGAUCCAUCAGGAAUUUGAGCUCAUGUUUCCAAACCAGCAAAACGCAACAAGCUUCGAGUCCAUUAUUCCGUUGUGUUUAAUGCUCAAGCAUGAAUUCGAUGAAAUUGCGAAUGAUGGAAUUCGAGCUUUAGCUAAAAUUUCCUCUGAGCUUACACAACAAGGCGCACGUAAAUCAGACCCAGAAGAUCUACCACCGAUUGAGGACUUCUUAUCAGUUUUUGUCCGAUGGCGUCAGGAGGACAAAAAUUUGGACUACUUCUUAACUAAUUUGGUUGACACAGCGCCUUAUGUCUUCUGUGACACUUUCUCUUUCGCAGAGGGUGUAUACUAUGCGAUAAUCAACGUACUGAAAACUCGGUAG